AUGAAGAAUCCCGCCUGCGCAGUCGCCGCCUCUGUCGACAUGGCUGCGAUGUUGCUGCUGCUGCGCGUCCUCCGCCAAGGCCCAGGUCCGGGUCCCGGGAGGCUGUGGGGCCCAGGUUCGAACCUCUCCUUCGGGCCUGCGAGCAGGCGGCCAUACGUGGUCUGCAGGCCUUCGCUGGGUGUCGCCGGGACCGGAAGCCAAGUUCUGCAGAGCUUGCAGCUGAGAAUGCUAACGCCUGCCUUCAAAGGGCCCGGUGGAUUGCUGCUGAAACAGCAUCUAGUUCAAAACCCAGCGGGACUUUGGCGACUUUUAGGUGGUGCUUACUAUUUUACUACCUCAAGGAUGAAGCAGAAGAAUAAAGACAGUGAUGAGUCCAAGGGGAAGGCUCCUGGAAAUGAUGAAGAGGAGAGGCGGCGCAGGGAGCGGGAGGACCAGAUGUACCGAGAGCGGCUACGCACACUAUUCGUCAUUGCCGUGGUCUUGAGCCUGCUGAACUCGCUCAGCUCCAGCGGAGGCAACAUCUCCUGGAAUGACUUCGUCAGUGAGAUGCUGGCCAAGGGCGAGGUGCAGCGUGUGCAGGUGGUGCCUGAGAGUGACGUCGUGGAGGUCUACCUACACCCCGGGGCUGUGGUAUUCGGGCGGCCGCGGCUGGCCUUGGUGUACCGGAUGCAGGUGGCAAAUAUUGACAAAUUUGAGGAGAAGCUGCGGGCGGCUGAGGACGAGCUGAACAUCGAGAGCAAGGACAGGAUCCCCGUCUCCUACAGGCGUACGGGGUUCUUUGGGAAUGCUCUCUAUGCCCUGGGGAUGACGGCAGUGGGCCUGGCCAUCCUGUGGUACAUGUUCCGCCUGGCAGGGAUGGCAGGAAGGGAAGGCGGAUUCAGUGCAUUGAAUCAGCUUAAGAUGGCUCGCUUCACGAUGGUGGAUGGCAAGUCGGGGAAAGGCGUCAGCUUCAAGGACGUGGCCGGCAUGCAUGAGGCUAAGCUGGAGGUUCGGGAGUUUGUGGAUUAUUUGAAGAGUCCCGAGCGCUUCCUCCAGCUUGGAGCCAAGGUUCCGAAGGGCGCGCUGUUGCUCGGGCCUCCAGGAUGUGGGAAGACGCUGUUGGCCAAGGCGGUGGCCACAGAGGCCCAGGUCCCCUUCCUGGCGAUGGCUGGCCCAGAGUUUGUGGAGGUCAUUGGAGGCUUGGGUGCUGCCCGCGUGCGCAGCCUCUUCAAGGAAGCAAGAGCCCGGGCCCCAUGCAUAGUGUACAUCGAUGAGAUUGAUGCUGUGGGCAAGAAGCGCUCCACAUCCAUAUCCGGUUUCUCCAACACAGAGGAGGAGCAAACCCUUAAUCAGCUGCUGGUGGAGAUGGAUGGAAUGGGCACUACAGACCACGUCAUCGUCCUGGCAUCCACAAACCGAGCUGACAUCCUAGACAGUGCUCUGAUGAGGCCUGGCCGACUCGACCGGCAUGUGUUCAUCGAUCUUCCCACGCUGCAGGAGAGGCGGGAGAUUUUCGAGCAGCACCUGAAGGGCCUGAAGCUGACCCAGGACAGCACCUUUUACUCACAGCGACUAGCAGAGCUGACGCCAGGAUUCAGUGGCGCUGACAUUGCCAAUAUCUGUAAUGAGGCUGCUUUGCACGCCGCCCGGGAGGGGCACUCGUCGGUGCACACACAGGACUUUGAGUAUGCCGUGGAGCGGGUCGUGGCAGGGACGGCCAAAAAGAGCAAGGUCCUCUCCAGGGAGGAGCAAAAGGUGGUGGCCUUUCAUGAGUCUGGCCACGCCCUGGUGGGCUGGCUGCUGGAGCACACGGAAGCCGUGAUGAAGGUCUCCAUUGCUCCUCGCACGAAUGCCGCACUGGGCUUCUCGCAGAUGCUGCCCCGAGACCAGCGCCUCUUCACCACCGAAGAGCUGUUCGAGCGCAUGUGCAUGGCCCUGGGUGGCCGUGCAGCCGAGGCCAUCUCUUUCAGCCGGGUCACUUCUGGGGCCCAGGAUGACCUGAGGAAGGUCACACACAUCGCCUACUCCAUGGUGAAGCAGUUUGGGAUGGCUCCUGCCGUCGGGCCUGUCUCUUUCCCCGAGGCCCAGGAGGGCCCUGUGGGCAUCGGGCGGCGCCCCUUCAGUCAAGGUCUCCAGCAGAUGAUGGACCAUGAGGCAAAGCUGCUGGUGGCCAAGGCCUACAGGCACACGGAGAAGGUGCUUCUGGGCAACCUGGACAAGCUACAGAUGCUGGCGAAUGCCCUCCUGGAAAAGGAAGUGAUAAACUAUGAGGACAUUGAGGCCCUCAUUGGCCCGCCGCCCCAUGGGCCCAAAAAGAUGAUAGCACCACAGAAGUGGAUUGAUGCCCAAAGGGAGAACCAAGUGACUGGGGAGGAAGAGGCCGCCCCACCGCCCCCUCCCCGUGGCGAGGAGCCUUCCUGGCCGGGGUAGCUGGGACUGGAUGGUCCAGAACUGCUGCUGCCCGAACUGCCUCUCGCCCGCACUUGUCUGUAUCUUCUCGGCAAGCCCUGGUGUUCUGCUGAAGGGCUACCGAGACCUAUUUAUUGAUGUCCGACCUGUGACUAGUAAACAUCUGGUCAGCUGUG